AUGUUUGACCAGAUUCCUGUUUCACCCAAAAUGGACCUGACGACUGCAUUAGAGGAAUGCUCUCUGGCUCUGAACCUCUUCUUGAACAACAAGUUUUCAGAAGCACUGACUAUCCUUGAACCUUGGGCAAAGGACAGCAUGUACCAUGCAAUGGGCUACAGCAGCAUCCUGGUCAUUCAGGCAGGAAUGACUUUUGAGCAGAAGGACAUCCAGAUGGCCAUGGACACGUUAAAGGAGGCCCUUCACACCUGCCAAAGGUUUAGAAGGAAGAAUGGUGUUCUUGAGACAAUAUCCAGCCUACUCACCAGACACAUGUCUGAUGGGCUAACAGAAGAGGAGAUGCAUGCUGAAAUCUGCUAUGCUGAGUGUCUGCUGCAAAGGGCUGCCCUCACCUUCAUUGAAGAUGAAAGCAUGAUUGGCUUAAUCAAGGGAGGUAUCAGAAUCCGAACAAGUUAUCAAAUCUAUAAGGAAUGCUAUCAGAUGACUCAGGAAAUGGCUGGACAUGGUGCUACCUACAGGCAUUUUGAGGGAGGCGUUAACACGGGAAUGGGAUCUUUUAAUCUGAUGUUGUCUCUCCUGCCCAGUAAGGUUCUCCGGCUGCUGGAGUUCAUCGGCUUUGCUGGCAAUAGAGAGUUUGGCCUGUCCCAGCUGCGAGAAGGAGCAGCUAGCCACAGUCUACGGGCUAUCCUAAGCGUCCUCAUGCUGCUCAUGUACCACACCUACUUCACAGUCAUACUGGGAACUGGGGAUAGUAAUCUGGCUGAGGCAGAGGUCCUGCUGGCACCCUACAUUGACAGAUUCCCCAAUGGGUCACUUAUUUUGUUUUAUGUAGCCAGGAUUACAGUGCUCAAAGGAAACUUUGAAGUGGCCCAGGGGAAAUUCCUGGAGUGCAUUGCUGCCCAGACGCAGUGGAAGCAGAUUCACCACCUGUGCUACUGGGAGCUGAUGUGGUGCCACUGCUUCCAGCAGGAGUGGCUGGAGGCCUAUCGCUAUGCAGACCUCCUCUGCAAGGAGAGCAAGUGGUCUCAGGCGAUUUACAUGUUUCAGAAAGCCUCCAUCCUGAGCAUGCUCCAUGAGGAUGAUGUUAAGAAGACUGGGGAGAAUGUGGUAGAGCUGUUCAGACAGGUGGAGGGCCUGAGGAUGCGGUUUGCUGGCAAAUCCAUGCCAACAGAGAAGUUUGUGGUCAGGAAGGCCCGGCGCUACGCCUCUUUCACCCCAGUGCCACUUGUGAUCCCUGUAUUGGAAAUGAUGUAUGUGUGGAGCGGUUUCACCAUCGUUGGGAAGAGUCCAGAACUAACAGAGCGUUUGCUUGUCACUAUUGAGGAGGCAGAAAAGCAGCUGAAGAGUGACACCAACCCCACAGAAUACCACACUGAUGACCAGUGCCUUGUCCAGAUGCUGAAGGGCCUCUGUUUGAAACACCUCUGCAGGCUUUUUCAGGCAGAACUGUGCUUCACACAGGUGAUAUCCAGUGAGAGCAGAAUACAGUUCGACCAUUACCUGGUCCCAUUCUGCCUGUAUGAACUGGGCCUGCUCUACAAACUUCAGGGAGACUUCCCCAAGGCAAGAAGCUUCAUAGAAAAUGCAAAGCUGAACUAUAAGGGCUACUCUAUGGAAUCACGUCUGCACUUUCGUAUCCACGCUGCACUGGACAGCAUGGAAGACUCUGGCACCACUCCCUUGUAACCACACCAUCCUUCAACUGCAGCAGCCUUUACCAGUACCACCCAUCAAAGAGCACACCCCCAAAG